GCGCAGUUGCUCUGGCCGCCGGCUCGGAUCGCGUGGGGAGAGAUCUGAGUCGCGCGCUUUAGCUAGGCAUCGGGUCCUGGCGGCAGCUGCGGCGCCCGACGCUCGCGGGCCAUGUCGUGGCUCUUUGGCAUCAAGGGCCCCAAGGGUGAAGGCGAGGGGCCACCUCUACCCCUGCCCCCGGCGAAGCCUGGGGCUGAAGGCGGCGGGGACCGGGGCGCGGGAGACCGACCGGGGCCCAAGGACAAAUGGAGCAACUUCGAUCCGACGGGCCUGGAGCGCGCGGCCAAGGCCGCGCGCGAGCUGGAGCACUCGCGACACGCCAAGGAGGCGCUGAGCCUGGCGCAGAUGCAGGAGCAGACGCUGCAGCUGGAGCAGCAGUCCAAGAUCAAAGAGUACGAGGCCGCGGUGGAGCAGCUGAAGAGCGAGCAGGUGCGGGUGCAGGCCGAGGAGCGGAGGAAAACCCUGAGCGAGGAGACGCGGCAGCACCAGGCUAGGGCCCAGUACCAGGACAAGCUGGCCCGGCAGCGCUAUGAGGACCAGCUGAAGCAGCAGCAACUUCUCAACGAGGAGAACCUGCGGAAGCAGGAGGAGUCUGUGCAGAAGCAGGAGGCCAUGAGGCGAGCCACCGUGGAGCGGGAGAUGGAGCUGCGGCACAAGAGCGAGAUGCUGCGGGUGGAGGCCGAGGCGCGUGCCCGGGCCAAGGCCGAGCGCGAGAACGCGGACAUCAUCCGGGAGCAGAUCCGCCUGCAGGCUGCUGAGCGCCGCCAGACCGUCCUGGAGUCUAUCAGGACGGCUGGCACCCUGUUUGGAGAAGGAUUCCAUGCCUUUGUGACAGACUGGGACAAAGUGACAGCCACUGUGGCGGGGCUGACGCUGCUGGCUCUCGGGGUCUACUCCGCCAAGAACGCGACCUUGGUGGCUGGGCGGUACAUCGAGGCCCGGCUGGGGAAGCCCUCCCUGGUGAGGGAGACCUCGAGGAUAUCGGUGCUGGAGGCGCUGCGGCACCCCCUGCAGGUCAGCAGGCGGCUCCUCAGUAAACCCCAGGAUGCCCUGGAGGGAGUGGUCCUCAGUCCCAGCCUGGAGGCGCGGGUGCGGGACAUCGCCAUCGCAACGAGGAACACCCGGAGGAACCGCAGCCUGUACAGGAACGUGCUGAUGUACGGGCCCCCCGGGACCGGCAAGACGCUGUUCGCCAAGAAACUCGCGCUGCACUCAGGCAUGGACUACGCCAUCAUGACAGGCGGGGACGUGGCCCCCAUGGGGCGGGACGGUGUGACUGCCAUGCACAAGGUCUUCGACUGGGCCAGCACCAGCCGGCGAGGCCUCCUCCUCUUUGUGGAUGAAGCGGACGCCUUCCUCCGGAAGCGAGCAACGGAGAGGGUCAGUGAGGACCUCAGGGCCACCCUGAAUGCCUUCCUACACCGGACCGGCCAGCACAGCAGCAAGUUCAUGCUGGUGCUGGCCAGCAACCAGCCCGAGCAGUUCGACUGGGCCGUCAACGACCGCAUCGACGAGAUCGUCGGCUUCGAGCUGCCGCAGCUGGAGGAGCGGGAGCGCCUGGUGAGAAUGUAUUUUGACAAGUAUGUUCUUAAACCAGCCACAGAAGGAAAGCAGCGCCUGAGGCUGGCCCAGUUCGACUACGGGAGCAAGUGCUCGGAGAUUGCGCGGCUGACCGCAGGCAUGUCGGGCCGGGAGAUCUCCCAGCUUGCCGUGGCGUGGCAGGCCAUGGCGUAUGCCUCAGAGGACGGGGUCCUCACCGAGGCCAUGAUGGAUGCCCGGGUCCGAGACGCCAUCCAGCAGCACCAGCAGAAGAUGCAGUGGCUGAAAGCGGAGGGAUCUGGGCCUGAGGGCAGCCAGCCCCUGCUCCCAAGUGCUCAGACUGCCUGAGCAGGGCCGGGACGCCGGGCCCUGGGGCACACUGGCCAGGGAACCUUGUGCCUAUGUCUCCUGGAGGUCAGUGGGGGUGCCGCACAGCCACCCACCCCCCCUGGCAUUUUUUUAAUGUUCCUCCGGUUGGGGCCCCGGCAGCGUGGAAGGCCCCUGCUGAGGACUGGCCAUGGCUGCGCUGUCCGUGGUGGAAUCGGCUGGGGAGGGCUGGGCUGGGGCCAUGUUCAGGACACUCCUGGGAGACAUGUUUCCAAAGCAGGCCCAGGGCGGCAGAAGCAUAGUCCCCACGCCCACUCCAGGGGCAGUGGCCACACUGACCCCGCCCUGCUGCCCGGUCAUGACCAGCAGGCCGGGAGCCUGAUGAGGCCCCAUCCCACCUGGAACCAGAGCCCAGUGAGGGCGGAGCAGAGGUGCCUGGGGUGGGGCACGUCCUCGACCCGUACCUGUCUCAGUGCCCUUGGGUGCCUGGUGGGGGCUGCUGCUAAGAUUGGAGGCCCCACCCUGCUGGCUAAGGUCACCGGUGCUGGGGACCUGCCCUGGCCCAGAUGACCUGUAGCCCACUGUUGGAGCUGGGGUCUAUGUCCAGAAUCUAAUAAAAACGUUGACACCA